AUGACUGAAGCAUUGGUGAAAUGGGCAGUGCCUCAAAUCUCACGUCUGUUGCCUUUGGAUGAAGAUUCGCUCAAACAAAUCAUCACAUACCACGACACACUACCUAGAGAUGUAGCAGCAGAACAACUUGGAGGUCUGUUGGGCGAUUCACCACAAGCUUUGGAGUUCAUUGCUUCUUUCAAUUCACGUCGCCAAACUCCACCGUCAGAGGCUCGUCCAGCGCCCGCGGCUGCUGCGGCGCAAGAUGGAGGUGUACCCAAGAGGCAACCGAAACAACCAAAGAAAAAGGCAAACAUUCACAGUCUACCAGCACGACAGGUCCAGGAUUUUGGGGAUAGUUCUGGCGCAUACAGGAAGCAGGAUGAAGGCGACUACAUGGCUGGAUCUUCGAAAAAGAAACCGCAACCAUCACUAUCCAAUACUCUGGCUUUGCAGGAGGCACCUGAUGCCAGGCAACUUCCUGUUCGCACUGCUGGAGGUGUAUCGCGUGGACCCAAGGCUCCUCCAUCAGCAUCAGGACCUCUUAUUUCUGAUGUGCUUCCUCCACCAUCACAAUCAUCUACUCCUCGCACUGCAUCGCCAGCACCGACUAAGACAAAGGUCAAUAUCACUGGAGGUACCAAUAUGCACGGAGCUGGAAAGACCCUGUCGGAUUUAGAUUCUGCCAUUCGAUCUCUCGAAUUGCAGACCAACCCCACCCUAGCUUCGAACUCGCAAUCAGCUGAGGAUCUUGCAAAGCGAAGAUGUAAUUGCAUGGCUACACGCCAUCCAUUGUUGACCAUUGCACCAAACUGUCUCAACUGUGGAAAGAUCAUUUGUGUCAAGGAAGGUCUGGGCCCAUGCACAUUUUGCGAAACACCACUUCUUUCAUCUUCGGAGAUUGCAAGCAUGGUUCGCGUACUGAAAGAUGAGCGUGGCAAAGAACGUCAAGCCGUCAACAACGCAUCUCACAAACGCGCCGAGGUCAGCCAGAAACCUCGCGCCUUUACCGGUCGCGAUUUCCUCUCUUCCUCAGCUGCUGCUUCUACUACCGCAUCGCCACUUUCCUCUGCACCUCCUUCUGAAGAUGAGGGCGAUGCUGCAGUCAGCAAAGCCAAAGAGCACAGAGACAAACUUCUCGCCUUCCAAGCCAAUAAUGCUAGACGUACGCGCAUCCAUGACGAAGCUGCAGACUUCGAUGUUCCUUCUUCUGGAACGAAUAUGUGGGCAUCUCCAACCGAACGUGCUGCAGAGCUUAAACGCCAACAAAAGAUCAUGCGUGAGAUGGAAUGGAACGCAAGACCCGAAUACGAGAAACGCCGUAUGGUGGCUAGUAUCGAUGUUGUAGGUGGAAAAAUCGUCAAACGCAUGGCUGAGGUUGAAAGACCUGCUAGCGAUGCAGAGGAAGAGGUUGAAGAGGAAGACACAACCCCUGUGCGACACGAUGAUAAUGCUGGCUCUGGAGCUUUCAGCAAUAAUCCUCUGCUGGGUGCGCUUAUCAGACCUACGGCUAGAGCCGACAAAGGAAAAGCUAAGGGCCAGGAAGGAAGCGAAAAUAGAAAGAGUACUUGGAGGAGGGUGCAAGAUGACAACGAUGACAAUGAGGCAUGGAUCCUAGAUGGUGGUGCGUAUGGUGGAAGAGUUGAAGGCAGGAUACUGGGUGAGGAGGAACAUGCCUUUGGCUCUUGA